GGACCAAAAACACAAAAUUUAGAGUUGGGUCUGACUAUAUUAUAAAAAGUGAUUGUUUUGCAGUUUAAUGUUAGGAUGUUGAGAAAUGUCUGCAAAACAAAAUGAGGGUCUGUAUCCUGCAGCUUGGAUAAGAAAACAAUCAUUUAGGGGCAUAUUUCACUUUUCACAAAAACCUUUAGUCCUUCUUCCUUUCUUGCACUACAGAUUUUUAACCUUGAACUGGUUGAGUCUAAAGCAUAUCAAUGUGUUGUGUCUUAUGCGUGUUUUUGAAAGGCUCUGUUAAUCUUCUUGUGAAGGUCUGUUUGUCGACAUUGAGCUGCUUGGGGGAGAAAAAAAAAAGCUGCUGGUCUGCUCCGUUAGAGAGAAAAGCUCUUUCUGUUGAACUCCACUAUAUAAAGGCAGAACUUUCUCCUGUGCCCGAGCCUUGCAGCAGCCUUCAGCAACACCACAUCAAGAUGUUGAACAUCAGCGAGCUGACUCUGCAGCUCCUGCCCUCCAGGACCUCGGACCGUCUGCUGCAGCCUUUCUGGGAUUACAUGCUCCUUAACCACCGACUUCUCAUCUCAUCUCCUUUUUUCCCUGUCCUGCUCGCCUUCUCCAGCUAUUUCUUCUUCAGCAUACCUUUUGCUGCACUGGACCUCCUGGGAGAGAGAGUGCCUUUAUUCCAUCAGUACAAGAUCCAACCAGACAGGCAGCCAACCGUGGGAAUGAUGGCCAAGAGCUUCAUGACAGCGUUUUAUAACCACAUAUUCUUUGUUCUUCCAACUGUAAUAAUUGGCAUGUUCAUCCUGCCUACACCAACACUGCCACGGGACGCUCCCACCCUGUAUCAGGUAUUCAUCGAGGGGCUGGCUGUGCUUCUCCUCUUUGACACUCAGUACUACAUUUGGCAUUUCAUACAUCACAAGCACCCACAGCUUUACCGCUGGAUCCAUGCAAUCCACCAUGAGUACAUGGCACCUUUCUCUUGGUCGACGGAGCAGCUCAGCAUCCCAGAACUGAUGACUGUCGGAUUCUGGAGCAACCAGGACCCGAUUGUUUUAAAGUGCCACCCAAUGACUACGUGGUGCGUCACAGUAUUCAGCAUCUGGAUGUCUGUGGAGGACCACAUUGGCUAUGAUCUGCCGUGGACCCUCAAUCACCUGGUGCCUUUCGGUCUGCUGGGUGGUGCACCGGCUCACGACAUGCACCACCAGAAGCCAAACAGCAACUACGCUCCUUUCUUCAGCCACUGGGACAGAAUCUUUGGCACCGCCGUUCCUCUGAAGAAAAAGACUCUGAAAAAAUAGGAAUGCAAUUCUGUAAAUACUGCAUGUGUAGUGCUUUUUCUUUAUGGUCACAACUAUUUCAGCACUGUCACUUUUUUCCAUUUGUGAAAUCCAUUAUUUUUCUUUCUUUUAUUACUAUUUUCUCAAUUUUUAUAGCAGUUUUAUAGCUUUCUCAUUGCUGUAUGUCUCUAUAUGUGUAUAUAUACACACACACAGAUACAUAGACAUAUAAUUAUUAUAUAUAUUUAUAUGCAAUAUAAAAGCUCUAUUUUUAUGGAUUUCCAUUCAAUAAAACCAUUAUGUUUACAAAUAUUCGUUCACUUCUGUUUGGUUUAUAUGGAAUAAAUGCUUUUACUACA